AUGACUAGACACGGAAACAACGCCCACGCAAUUCGGAAACCUGCAUGGUUGGAGGCUCUUACCACACAAAAUUUCUUCGUGGGGUGUUCAAUUCAUGAGAGUGCAAAGAAGAAUGAAAAGAACAUCUGUUGUUUGGAUUGUUGCACUAGCAUUUGCCCACACUGUCUGCCUGCACAUCACUUCCAUAGGCUUGUUCAGGUCCGUCGCUACGUUUACCAUGAUGUGGUUCGGCUAGAAGACCUUGAAAAGCUCAUAGAUUGCUCUAAUGUUCAGGCAUAUACUAUUAAUAGUGCCAAAGUGGUGUUCAUUAAGAAGCGUACGCAGAGCAGGCAGUUCAAGGGCUCUGGAAAUUACUGCACCACUUGUGACAGGAGUCUUCAAGAGCCUUAUAUUCAUUGUUCUCUUGGGUGUAAGGUGGACUUCCUACUGAAGCAUAACAAGGAUCUCUCUGCUUGCUUGAGGACAUGUGAUUCUUGGCAAUUUAGCCCCGACUUCCUUGUUCAAAAUGACACAGGUGAUGACGAAACCAACGAUACUCCUCGUUCAACAGUCGUGGACGAUGAGGCCAUGGGCUCGUCUUCUGGGUCAUCUGGGUCCGAUAAUCUGAGCCUGGUGUGCACCGAUUUCGUUAGAAAGAAGAGGAGUAGUCUGUAUGUGUGUGCAAGAUCAGCUAGCAACAUCUCAGACGAGGACAUGGCGACAAGCAUCAGUAGAAGGAAAGGCAUUCCACAUAGAUCUCCUCUAUGUUAGAUUCUCUCUCUCUCUC